UUCACGGUAUGUUUAUUCCAGUGAUUCUGUCCUUCGGAGAUGAUAUAAACAGGAAAAGGAAAAGAAGGCAGGUGAUGGCAACGUGAAGCCCAUGAUUGUCUUACUAAUCGAUGGUUCGUAAACAGAGGUAAAUAUCCUUCUGACAUUUGGUAUGGUUGUCUACUCCUGAUCAUUUCCUGUCAUUUGCCAAGCUCUGAAGCUUGGGACAGAAUUCAGAAUGACAUUCUGGGAUGAUCCAGAGACAGUGAUUAAUCACAUUCGACAUUCAUGUGUGACUAGCGAUGAAACAGGUAUGUGUGAAAUGGUCAUUGUGAAGGAUGAUUCUGAGAUACAACUGAAACAGCGGAGAAGGAUUGGUGGUGGCUUUAUCGAUGAAACCAAUGAUUAUGGAGACUAUUCACACUCGUUUGACAUAGCUGUGAGUCCAAAUAUGAUUGGGAGAACACCAAGGUCGGGCAGGAAUAUUGACAAAGGAAAGAAAAAAAAUGAUGAAAACCAGUGUGUCAAUAUACAGUGGAAAGAUAAAAUAGAAGACAUGAAAGACAGUGAGAGGCAAGCACUUUUCAAAAAGAAGUCAGUGACACAAAAGCCACAUCAAGCAACCUCAGGAUCACUCCUUAGUCAACUGGUUGGAAGCACUAGUAGUAAGCCUGAAAAUGGAUUUACAGAGUAUUCAAAGUUCAAUGGUGAAGGAGUUGAAGAUACAUGUCCAACUCAUAGUGUUCAGAUUUUUCUUACAUUUGCUUCUGAGUCUGAAAGAGACAAGCCAGUGUCAAUAACCGUUUUAGCAAAUGUCUGUGUCCGUGAUGUCAUUGGUUUUGUGUUGUACAAAUGCACUGCUGAAGGGAAAAUAACAAGAGCGCAACAAGAUCUCAAGUCUUACAGACUAUAUAUCGCAGAAGAAGAUGGAGAGGUUGACAUGGAUUUUCCAGCACUGGAUGAAAAAGAGCAAAUGACAAAAUUCGAGUUUCAGUUUUUGGCACUUGUUGAGCGACAUGCCCCUGCAAAGCCAAAGCCAGCUCCUACAAAGCAGACUGGAGAUAUUGUUGUUACAGUCAAUGUUCCCGGCAAUGGUUUCUCACGCGUAAAGGUGGAUCGCACGGAUAUAAAAAUGAAGCAUAUUUUAUCGAAAAUGGUUAAAAAGAGAGGCCUCAAAAAAGCAGGACGAAAAUAUGUUCUUGAGAAACAAGAUGAUCUUGGUGUUCCUGUGGAUAUGGAAGCUACUCUAGAUGCAAUGGGGACCUUUGAAUUUCGUCUAUUGAGAGAAGGUAAAAAGCCUGAAAAAGUUGUUAAAGAGAACACUGAGGUGGACAGUUCAUAUGUUCAAGCAGAUUUAAUGAGCUUUCAGUAUAAAUCUUAUAAGGUGCUGAUGAUUCAGAACAGACUUUUAGCUACUACAGAAAUUCAGCUUGGUAUUUCUGGAAGAAGGAUUGAUAUUGAUCCUGUGAACCAAACAAAAUCUUCAAAAUUUUGGAACAAGAUCAAGCCGAUUUAUCUUGAUAUGACCUGGCUUGCUGAGAGCGAAAUAACUGAAGAGAAGAAUGGCAGGGCCUCGUUCAGAAUUCACUAUAAAAAAGGAGAGGAACUUAAACAUUAUGACUUCGAGGCACCACGAUCUGUUGCAGACGAAAUCGUCCAGAAAAUCAACAACAUUUUGGAUUCACGCCUAUCGCCAAUUAGGUCAGAUUAUUUAGCCUAUAAACAAAGAAAAAUCAACGAAAGAAUGGCAAAGCGACAUUGACUGUUGAACGUGGUUGUUAGAAACCAUUUUUAAAUUUACUUCCUCGUAAUCUAUGGUAAGGACGUUUCUCUUCCAAGUCUUCCUAAAGCGGGAAUCCUGGAUUUCUGGUACUAGAUAAUCAUUCGUUUCUCUGCAAUAAUUUUGCUAAAUCCGAUGGCUCGUUAACCCAAAAUGGUUUUUCUCUUUUUUUCCCGUUUCUUUUACAUUCUUUCCGAAAUGUUCUGUUUUGCGUGCCCAUUCAGGUGUCCGUUAUUAAGGGAAAACUUUCACACUUGAAAGAUUGUAAUAUCAUAAUAUCUGGGGCUGUUCAUCCUAGGAUUAAAUGCGUCGAUGGUUUUCUCUAUUAAAUUGCUAUGCAUAGAUUUGAAAUUUUACAGUGAGGUGUUUUUGUGGGAAGGGCUCAGGAUUUUGCAACAUUUUACACGACUGACUUUUUAUAAUUUACCGUUACCAAUUAAUCACUGAGCAUUUAUCCACUGCUAUUGAACUAAAACAUGCCACUUAUCUUGCUUAUCUUGCUAAAAAUAAAACAUAUCGUGCUUAGAUUAAAGAGAUGUAGCCUUGGAGUUAAGCAUAUUUGUGUCAGUUAACAGGUCUCGUCUGCUUUAAUAUGAGAGACAGAUUCUAAAACGCUCACAGGAACAAUUAAUCCUCAAUUCAAAUACUGUAUGUAAUGCUAAAGCAGAGACAUUAUAUCUUAGGCUAAGUUAGCAAAACAGUGUGUCUCGAUGAUAAUUUUGAUUUUGCUAUUCACAACAGAAAGCCCCUUUUGAUGUUUCAUUUCAUAAAUAUUUCAGUUUAAUUCAGGUUUUGAUAAUCUAGAGUUUCGAUUUUGCAUUUCUUUUGAAGUAUCAAAUGCUAAAUCUAUUUAUGAUAAAAUAUACUAUUGAUGAUAAUCAGGCCUAGUGAUAAUUAAUUAUUUUAGUUUGUUUUGUUGUUGCAUUUGUCUGAAACUACACGGAGCAAAGAAAUGGUGAAAAA